AUGUUUUUUUCAGCAAGAAAAGAGCCCGUGGUGACGUUGUAUCUGGCCCUGCUACUCUUGUGCGGUCGGGGAGCGGUGUCUGGACAGCUCUCUUAUUCCGUUUCAGAGGAGGUAAACCCGGGCACUUUUAUUGGUAAUAUCGCCAAGGAUUUAAAUCUGGAUAUACACGAACUGAGCUCGCGUGCGUUUCAGAUUGUCACUGGCUCCAAUAAAUAUUUCGAUGUGAAUUUAAAAACCGGAAUUUUGUAUGUGAAUGAAAGAAUUGACAGGGAGGAGCUUUGCCCGAACGCACCCAAAUGUGUGGUUAGUGUGGAAGCUGUUAUUAAUAAUCCUUUGAUACUUAAUCGUGUGGAAGUUAGUAUUGUCGAUGUCAAUGAUAAUUCUCCAUCUUUUCGAGCAACAUCACAAACUGUGAAUAUUGCAGAAAGCACACUACCAGGAGUGCGAUUUCCUUUACUUGGGGCGUAUGAUGCGGAUGUAGGGAAAAAUGCUGUAAACACGUAUAAGCUGAGUCCGAAUGAGCACUUCUCCCUGGCUUUGCACAAAGGAGAGAGCGUAUCCGCUGAGUUGGUGCUGCAGAAAGCUUUAGACCGAGAGAAACAGUCAGUGAUUAAGCUCAUACUGACUGCUGUGGACGGAGGAAAUCCGUCGAGAUCUGGAUCCUCAGAGCUUAUAAUUAAUGUUUUGGAUAACAAUGACAACACUCCCAUUUUCAGCAGCCAAUUGUAUAAAGCUCGCGUGUUUGAAAAUGUACCCCGGGGGACAUCUAUAAUAACUCUGAAUGCUACCGACUUGGAUGAAGGUACCAACGGUGAAAUCGUGUACUCAUUCAGUAAACACGAACAAGACAACGUUUUUGACAUUUUUCGUAUCGAUCCCAAUACGGGGGAAAUUACAGUAACGGGAACUAUUGAUUUCGAACAAAAUAAUGCUUUUGAAAUUCGUGCUGAAGCGAGUGACAAAGGGCAGCCUCCGAUGGCUGCGCACUGCAAGGUGCUGGUUGAAGUUUUGGACGUUAACGACAACGCUCCCAAAAUUACAGUGACGUCACUGUUAGACACGGUGAAAGAGGACGCGAAGGUGGGCACGGCUCUUGCGCUGGUUUCAGUGAUUGAUCAAGAUGGUGGUAAAAACGGAGCGGUGAGCUGUUACACCUCUCCAGAGCUUCCGUUUAAACUGCAAACCAAUUACAAGAACUAUUACUCUUUAGUCGUUGACGGGCAGCUGGAUAGAGAGGCGGCUUCAGAGUACAAUGUCACCAUCACAGCAAAAGAUGAAGGAACUCCUUCUCUCUCUAGCGCCAGCAUUAUUACCGUACAUGUUUCUGAUAUUAACGACAACGAACCACACUUCCCGGAGCCCGUCAUAAACAUUUUUAUGAAAGAAAAUAAUCCAGUUGGUUCUUUAAUCUACACUGUAUCUGCCUUGGACCCAGAUUUAAACGAAAAUGCAAAAGUUUCCUAUGCCAUAUUGGAGACUUCGGCGACCGGCGCUUCCCCCUCAUCUGCCAUCAACGUGAACCCUGUUACUGGAGAAAUUAGCAGCUUGCAGUCUUUCAACUAUGAAGAAGUAAAAAUGUUCCAGUUUAAACUUCAGGCUACAGACUCGGGAGUUCCUCCACUAAACAGUAACGUGACUGUGAACCUUCUUAUCCUGGAUGAGAAUGACAACAGUCCGGCGGUUCUUCCACCUUACUCUGGCCAGGGCUCCGUUAAAACUGAGAACAUUCCAUAUUCUGUGGACUCUGGUUACUUUGUGGCCAAGAUCAGGGCUGUAGACGCAGACUCUGGUUACAAUGCGCUGCUUUCUUAUCACAUCACUGAACCCAAGGGAAGCAGUCUCUUCCGAAUCGGAAGCAGCAGCGGGGAAAUAAGGACUAAGAGGCGAAUGAGUGACAAUGACUUGAAGACUCAUCCAUUGGUGAUUUUGAUUUCUGACCACGGAGAACCUUCCCUCUCAGCGACUGUGUCUAUUGACAUUGUGGUUGUUGAAAGUGCAGAUGAAAUACAAACAUCAUUUAGACAGUUACCUGCCAAGGAGGAGAGUUUCUCAUAUUUGAAUCUCUAUUUGCUUAUUGCCAUAAUCUCGAUUUCAGUUAUAUUUUUGUUAAGUCUCAUUAGUUUAAUAGCUGUAAAAUGCCACAGGACUGAUGGCGGGUUGAGCAAGUACAGCGCCCCAAUGAUCACCACACACCCUGACGGGAGCUGGUCUUACUCCAAAUCUACUCAGCAGUAUGACGUGUGCUUUAGCUCAGACACACUGAAGAGUGACGUUGUGGUUUUCCCUGCACCAUAUCCUCCUGCGGACGCGGAGCUCAUCAGCAUCAAUGGAGCAGACACGUUUAAGAGGAAUCAGACGCUUCCCAACAGUCAGAAGAUAAUCUACUCGGUGUCUGAGGAGGUUAAGGAAGGGACGUUUGUCGGAAAUUUAGCCAAGGAUUUGAAUCUCAAUGUGGAUGAUUUGGAAUGGCGUAUGUUACGGAUUUCCACGGGAUCCAAGAAGAAAUAUUUCGAGAGCCUGUGA